CUCUCUUCUUUCAAUCUCACAUCAAACAAUACCUUUACUCUCUUUUCUUUCUCUGAAAAACAUUUCAUUUUCCGUUCAAAUUUCUGAUCAAAUGGCACCGAAAACAGUAGAGAAGAAGCCAGCAGAGAAGAAGCCCGCAGAGAAGAAGCCCGCAGAAAAGAAACCCGCCGAGGAAAAGAAAGCUGAGAAGGCACCAGCAGAGAAGAAACCGAGAGCCGAGAAGAAGUUACCAAGCAAGGAUGCUUCAUCAACAGAUAAGAAGAAGAAGAAAUCAAAGAAAUCAGUUGAAACUUACAAGAUCUACAUCUUCAAAGUUCUAAAGCAAGUUCAUCCUGAUAUUGGUAUCUCAAGCAAAGCAAUGGGUAUCAUGAACAGUUUCAUUAAUGAUAUCUUUGAGAAACUUGCUGCUGAAUCGUCCAGAUUAGCUAGGUACAACAAGAAACCAACUAUCACUUCUCGAGAGAUUCAGACUGCUGUUCGGCUUGUUCUUCCUGGUGAAUUGGCUAAACAUGCUGUUUCUGAGGGUACCAAAGCUGUUACUAAGUUCACUAGUUCUUAAUUGCUGCUUCUGUGUUUUUAGAUCUGAAAAUUUGGGGGUUUAUUUUGUUUUAGUGGUUCAGUUCGGGGAUUAGGGUUUCAUGUGUAAGUAGUAUAUCUAAUGUUAUGAAAUGUAUUCAAUUUCAAUUUCUAAUCCAAAUAUAUUGCUAGUGAAAUCAAUUGUCUUAA